AUGUCUUCAGGUAAUGUCGUUUCAAGCUCUAAGGAUGGAAUAUACCUGACGCGACAUAUCGGGUUGAAAAGCGGUGUUCCUCAGAAUGUAGGAGCUCUAACGGUGAAUCGCCUCUGCGGAUCUGGAUUCCAGGCACUGAUCAAUGCUACACAGCAAAUCAAACUCGGUGAAUCGAAACUUGUUGUGGCAGGAGGUACUGAGAACAUGACUCAAACUCCAUUUGCUGUGAGAAAUGUCCGAUUCGGCACUGCCCUCGGAAUGAAGUAUGAGUUCGAAGACAUGUUAUGGGAAUCUCUUACUGAUUCCUACGCCAAACUCGCUAUGGGACAAACCGCGGAGAAGCUUGGAGCGCAGUAUAAGGUAACCCGUAAUGAUGCCGACGCUUUCGCAUUGCGCUCACAAGAGCUUUGGAAGAAAGCUCAAGAUGCCGGGUUUUACAAGGCCGAAAUCACUCCCAUGACAGUGAAGGGGAAAAAAGGAGAAGAGACGUUUGAGGUAGAUGAACAUCCUCGUCCAUCGACAACUAUGGAAUCUCUUGCUAAACUGAAACCAGUAUUCCAAAAAGACGGUCUGAUUAAUGCUGGAAAUGCGUCGGGUAUAUCUGAUGGCGCCGCUGCAAUGGUCGUUGCUGGAGAGGAAGCUAUCAAGGAGCAUAACUUGAAACCGCUUGCUCGUGUUGUCAGUUAUGCUACUGUUGGCUGCGAUCCAACGAUUAUGGGCAUCGGACCAGCACCCGCCAUACGGCAAGGUACUAGCACAGACUGGACUGAAGAUCGACGACAUCGAUAUCUUCGAGGUGAAUGA